AUUAAAAAGAUGAGGGGAAAACCGGCUUCAGGAAAGGCCAUUUUUUUUCUAUGCAUUGCAUGUUUUCUUGCUGGAACACUGUUCACUGGCCAGAUGUGGACACGCCCCUCCAACCAUGAAAAAUCUUUACUCCCUGCAAGACGUGAUUGUGAUCAUAAGCGAAAAUUGAUUGAAGGCAGACCUGGUGAUGUAAUGGAGGAAGUCACAAAGACCCAUCAAGCUAUCAAGUCUCUUGAUAAGGCAGUUUCAACAUUGGAAAUGGAACUGACAGCAGCUAGGACAAGCCAAACUGGUGGGCAGCACUUGCGGCAACAUGCUUCUAACUACAAUAUACAGAAAGCUUUUGUGGUGAUUGGUAUUAACACUGCCUUUAGCAGCAAAAGACGAAGAGAUUCCAUACGCGGAACAUGGUUACCUAAAGGAAAGCAACUUAAGGAACUAGAGAAAGAGAAGGGGAUUGUUAUAAGGUUCAUGAUCGGGCAUAGCACGACACCAGGGGGCAUUCUUGAUAAAGCAAUUGAUGCAGAAGAGGCAGAACACAACGAUUUCCUCAGGCUAGACCACGUUGAGGGCUAUCAUGAGCUAUCCACGAAGACACGCCUCUACUUUUCCACUGUUAUUUCUAUGUGGGAUGCUGAUUUCUAUGUCAAGGUAGACGAUGAUGUCCAUUUAAAUCUAGGUAUGCUAGUGAGUACACUUGCUAAGUAUCGAUCAAGACCCAGAGUUUAUAUUGGUUGCAUGAAAUCUGGUCCGGUUCUAUAUCAAAAAGGGGUAAAGUAUCAUGAGGCAGAGCACUGGAAGUUUGGAGAAGAAGGGAACAAGUAUUUCAGGCAUGCCACUGGCCAAAUAUAUGCCAUCUCCAAGGAUCUUGCUACCUAUAUAUCCAUCAACUGGCCCAUAUUGCACAGAUACGCAAAUGAAGAUGUGUCUUUAGGUUCAUGGUUAUUGGGCCUAGAAGUUGAACAUAUCGAUGCGCGCUCUAUGUGCUGCGGGACCCCCCCAGACUGUGAUUGGAAGGCGAGGACAGGAAAUGUGUGCGUGGCGUCUUUUGAUUGGUCAUGCAGUGGUAUCUGCAAGUCCGUGGACAGAAUGAAGGAUAUACACAAAGCUUGCGGAGAGGGAGAUGGAGCUGUUUGGAACGUUGAACUCUGA